AUGGAUGUUCACUAUGACGACAAACCUGGUGAUAUAACCAGACAGUUUCAUCCAAUAACCCUUGUUAAAACCGAAGAUAAAGUUGAUGAGGAUGCAGACUGGCUCCAGCUAGCUGAUUCAGUGCCUCAUGAAUGCGAGGAUGUUUGUCUACCUGGUAGGCUUUAUGAAAACUCAGUGACUGAACAAAAUGGAGACUCUACUGUCUAUAAUGCACUGUCAUUGGAGGAUAUGCAAGAGGAGGAUACUAUUAUUCCAUGUUGGUUUCUUGAUGAUGAUGAUGACAAUAAUGAUGAUGAUGAUGAUGCUAGUGACAUACUUGUACAUAGUCAGUUUGGGGAAAUACAAGAAAUGUCCGAUAAUGGUGAUACAGAUGAUGGUGAUGUACUUUCAUCACUGUUGUUGCUGUUCAGUGCUGAACUUGAAAAUGUUGACACUCAGCAGUUGGACUAUGGUGAUACAUUUGAGUCAGAUCUGACGAAUGAUCGGCUCACUCUAGGUCAACUAGACACAUCUUUGGACCAUUCAACUGAUGAAUCAGUCACAGAGGCUGAUGUCUCAUUUACUGUACACCUUCCUUCUAAAAAAAAUAUGCAACUUCUUAUUCAGGGUGAUGUAAACUCAUCAGAAGCCAACUCUAGUCUAGGCACUGAGACAUGGCCAGUGUUGCACGUUGACGAAGAUGAUAUUGUAGUAUCAUCCAGUGACAGUGGUUUUCAUAGUAAUAGUGCCAAUGGUAGUCCAGUUUGGUCUUUCAGCACAGAUGUUAGCACGCUUUUUCCCAUAAAAGAAGAAGAAGACACAAGUUCCAUUAUAGCCGAUACUGAGAGUACCUUAUCAACUCUUGAUACUGUCACAACUGGCAGUGAGGGGGAGUCCCCAUUACUCUACCAAACUGACUGUGAUUUACCAAACCAAUCAACAGAAACAAAAGAUGUAGAUACAGCACCAUUCAAAAAUUCUGUGCAAAGUCAAGAGGGGAAUACAACUGUUUCCAAAGGAGAGAGACUUAAAAUCCUUUUACCAUCACUAAGUGUUGAAGAUAAUGUGUUUGCCUCUGAUGAUGAUGCUGAUUAUGCUGAUAGAACAAAAUCAAUGAGUCACAACCUAAGAUUAAACUUUGUCAGUAAGUCGUGUGUGAGGCUAAGUUCAUCUGGCAGUAGUCCUUCAACACCAACUGGAUGGCCAAGCUCAUUAUUUCCUAAAAAUGAACACGAACAAACGUUUUUUGAUAAAUCUGUGGAAAGAAAACCAGACCAAAGUAAAGUCAUAACAGAUGAUCAGAAAAAUGCAAGUAUUUUAUCAUCUGAAGGUGAUCAAACUGUAAAUAUAAAUGAAGGCAGUACAGCAAACCAUAAUCUCUCGUUAAACAAUAAAUCUAAGAACAAAGCACAAAAAGAACAUAAUGUUAAACAUGUCAAUACAUCAAAUAUUGAUACGCCACUGUCUCCAAGUCAACGUGAUGAACACAUAACUGCUAUUCAGGGUGUGAGGUUGCAUUGCAGAAAGCAAAAGCUUUUUUCAGAGAGUAGUGAUGAAGAUGAGGAAGCUAUUAAACAAGUAUUGGUUUCAAAAGUUAUUUCUCCAACAGAAAAUAUACCAAAGAUAUUAAAAAGAAAAAUGCAGUGUGCAUCUCUAGCAAUAGAGGAUAACUAUGAAACAGAUGUACUCGAAGAGUGGUUUUAUGAUUGUUAUGAACAUGAUUUUGCAUACCAUGUUGUUGCUGAUGAACUAACAUUUCCUAGUGUAACAUACCAACAAGCAAAAACCAAAGCCAUUGUUUUAGCUGAAGAAAUAACUAAUGAAGAUGAGAGUGAUUCAGUACAGGAAAUGUUUUUUAUUAGCCAUCCCAUCCAGAAUGUUUUUUAUGUCAUUGUUGAUAAAGACUUAACAGACACAGUGAUUAAUACACACCAACAAUCUUACCAAAAAGCAAUGCUAGCAAAAAGCCAUGCAACAUCUGAGCAAGCAGGUGUUACUGAAAAACCUAAGGAAAAAGUAACACCUGUUAAAGAAUCAGAUCAUGAACCAUACAUUUCUAGGCGGAGAAAGUGGGAAGAAAAGGAAGAAGAAAGUGAGGAUGAUAUUAUGAGGUUCCUGUCUAGAGGUUACACGAGAAGAAGGCAAAAUGUUACUGAAGGGGAGCUGGAUGAUGUGAUGCGACUGCUAACUGAAGGAUACACACAUGAUACAGACACUGCUGAUACUGAUUCUGCAACAGAUAUCUGGGACGAAAUUAAAGUUGAUGAAGAAAAAAGAAAUGAGAGACCAAUCUAUGAUGAAGAAGAGGAACAAGUGAUGGUGUAUUCUUCAGAAGAGGAUAGUACUGAACAGGAGACAGAGCCUGAAGCUCUAACUAUUGUAAAUCAUGGAGACAUUCAUAAGCCAGCAUCACAUGAAGAAUAUCAGGAAGAUCAGGAAUACAUACAAGACUCUGAUACAAGCUGCGACUUGUAUAAAACUGAUGAUGAAGAAGAAAGUACCAAUGCUGGCAAAGAUUAUUAUGCUGAAGACUCUGACUGCUCAUGCCUGGAAACUGACAGUGAAGCAGCAUUUGGUGAUGAUGAGGAUGAUGAUGUCAUGGCCUUUCUUUCUGGUGGUAUUUCUGCGACCAGGAGAAGACAGUAUUACAAAGCACCACCUCCAGAUGAGGAUGAAGAUAUAAUGAAAUUUCUUUCUUUUGGUACUACUGUUCAAGAAAACCAAGUUGAUGAUCAUUUCCAUGCUAUGGGAGAUGAUGAUGGAGAAAGUGUCCCUGAGAUGAUAGUGACUAAAACUGGGGAUACUGAAAGUGAUGAUGAAACCCUGAAAGCAACUUCAGAUGAAGAAUCUGAAAGUACAUCAGAAGGAACAAUUGAAAUGGAAUAUGAGAUAGAUAGAUUUCGUGAUGAAUAUGAUGAUGAACUCCCUCCGGAGGAUGCAUUUAUUCGGCCAGUCAAAAUUGCUUUUACACAAGACAGGGAAGAUGAUUAUGAGGAAUCUUAUGAAAUAAAAGACCAGGAUGGUGAGAUGUUCAUGGAGAGACUGCUUGACACAAUACCAGAAGAGGAGGAAGAAGAGGACACUGAAGAAGAUGGAAAGAGGUCUGAAGCAGAUACUGCAUAUUGUUCAGCUUUGGAGUCAUUAUCACCAGAUGAUGAUGACUUCAUGGUUUCAGAAAGUGGAGAUGAAGACAAAAUCAAAGAAAGAAAAUCAGGUUAUUUGUUAAAGUCAUAUGAAGAGGAGGAUGUUGAUCCUAUGCAGUUUCUGUCAAGAGGGUUCACUGGGGUUCGAUCAGGCAGGUUCUCUAAAACUGUUCAUGAAGAGGAAGAGGAAGAUGAUAUUCUAAAGUUGCUUUCUCAGGGAUUUUCUGAAAGCAUACCCAAAGAUGUUGAAUCUGAAGAUAGGUGGGAACAGAGAGAAGUUGUUUUGCAUGAUGAUGCAGAUGAUGAGGAGGAAUCAGCAGCAGAAGAAGAAGAAGAAGAAGAAGAAGAAGAAGAGAUGGAGGUGGAGGUAGAGGAAAUAGAAGCUGUUUAUAAAGAAGAAGAGGAAGAUGAUAUUCUAAAAUUACUUUCACAAGGGUUUUCUGAAAGUAUCCCUAGGGCUGUUGAACCUGAAUAUGUGUGGGAACAGGGAAAAGAUUUAUUAAGUGAUGGUGCAAUGGAUGAAGAUGAAGACGAAGAGGAGGAACAAGCAGAAGAAGAAGAAGAGGUGGAGGAAAUAGAAGCUGUUCAUGAAGCAGAUGAGGAAGAUGAUAUUUUAAAAUUACUUUCACAAGGAUUUUCUGAAACUACCUCUAGGGUUGUUGAAUCGGAAUACGAGUGGGGACAUGGAAGAGAAGUUUUGAGUGAGAUGAAGCAUGACGAUGCAAUGGAUGAAGAUGAAGAUAUCCAACAAACUGAGGGAGAAGAGGAGGAGGAGGAGAAGGGAAAAGAUGAAUAUGUUUAUGAACCAGAAGAGGAAGAUGAUAUUUUAAAAUUACUUUCACAAGGGUUUUCUGAAAGUAUCCCCAGGGUUGUUGAAUCUGAAUAUGAUGAUGAAAUGGAUGAGGAACGGGCAUAUAAUGAUGAUGAAGAGCUAGAGGUGGAGAGAGAGGAACUAGAGCGGUUAGAAAUAAUUGAAGAUGGUGACAGACUGAUCUCAGUAGGCAAGCAUGAUGAUAAAACAAAUGAACUACAAAUAUCGGAAGAUGAUAAACACUAUUUCUCUAGACCAUCCAGAGUGAGGAAACAAGAGGUACACGAGGACUAUGACAAUGAUGAUGACAUAUUGGCAUUGUUAUCUGGGGGUAUCAGAGAUUUUUCAACAGACUACUCAAGUUCCAGCUAUGAUGAGGAAUUCAUUUCUGAUAUAAGACCUGAGGUUGUUUCAGUCGAGUAUUCUGAAGCAGAAAGUGUAAUGAUAGAAUACCCAGAAAUGGCUUUAUACUUUGCUAGUGAGGAUGAAGUGCCAAGUGUGGUCGCUGAUGAGGAACGAGUUGAAUUGUUGGUGCUGGACUAUACAAGGGCACUCCCUGUGGAAUAUGAAGAGGAAUUGAAGGUUGAUCUGAUUGAAAUAACAAAGGAAGUUGCAGAAGAAAACUUUGAAAUAGUGCAUAUGGUGUAUGCUACAAAAGAUAGUGAAAUGUCUUUUGUUGAAGAUGAAAGCACCUUGUUAUUGCAGAUGCCUGACCCAGAGCUGUAUAUUACAGAAGGACCAGUUAGGGAGCUUCGGCAGGAAAGUAUCAUUGAACCUGUAGGCAUCAUUGAAAAUGUUAAACUAUCACUUGUACUUCGGAAGCAGCUUUGCGAGGAUGAAAAAAAUUGUGAAGAUGUCUUCGAACUUCUUGCUCAAGGUAUAGCAUCAGAAGUAUCAGUCAAUUCUAAAAUAAAGGAAAAAGAUAAAGCUGAGGUUGCUGAAUCGAUAGUGUCAUUAAAGAAGACACAUCUGGUUGAAAAAGCAGUAGUGAGAGGAAGUGUAAAGGCUGCAGAAAAACUAGACACUGAAGUAAGCGAAACAGAACCUGGAUGGAAUGAGGUUGCAAAUAAGAUGGAAGAAACUUCUGAAAUGUUAAGAGAGAUGACAAUGCCGACGGCAGAUGUUCUUCAAAGUAAUAUGACUCCAGCUAUGAGAGAAGUGCUCUCUCGCUUCAGUGCCGAAAAGACCAAUGAAUAUCCUGUUUGUAACAUAAAUGUACCAGAAAAUGCUGACACUGAUAUUGAUGAAAGUGCCCUUGCUGCAACUUUUAAGCAUUAUAAACAGCAAAGAGCUGGAUCUCCAGAAAGAGACUGUGAGCCUGCUCCAAUUAAGCAGACACCCAUUGGUUCACCUUCUGGUGAUGGCAGCGGAUUUGUUAAAGUCGAUAAGGACUACUAUAACAUGCUGUCCGAUACAUACGUUCUUGCAUCUUUGAGUCAUGCUAGUAGUGAUCGUAAAUCAAAAACCGAUUCCAUUGCCCAAGACAAAAAUGAGAUACAAAAGAAGUCCAGUUCUUCCUCUACUUCACAUGAGAGGGAACACAAACUAAAGAAAGAACCUGAGGCUGAUUUACCAGCUGGCCCAAUCUGGCCAACAAAUAAAGCAGGUGGUGCAGAUACAACAGACAGAAUGGAAACAGUCACCACCAAGGAUACUUUCAAUUCUUUUUCUUCUGACUCUUAUUCUGAGUCUGAGGGCAGUGAAUCUCUUGUCAGUGAAUACGAGUCUGGUUCAGAACCAUUCAGUGAUGAAGAAGCAUUGAAUCAUGAUCAAAGUUCUAAUCGGGUGUACUCACGAAAACAAGACUAUUACCAUAACAGAAGGCCCCAACCUGUACAGUGUAGUAGUGAUGUGGAUUUGUCAUCUUGUAAAAAGAAGUACAGACGCAGAAGAAAACACUCUGGUCACCCAACUCAUAAAAUCACAGCCACAGGAAAGAUUACUGUGCAUUCUAGUAAGAGUAGACAGAAAAGAAAACAUUCUGGUUAUCACUCUAAAAGUAGAGAGUGUGAGAGUGUGGAUAUAGAGACAGAUAGAAAAAGUCAGAAUUCUUCUGAGAAAAAUGAAAGACAACCACCACCAUCAUCUCCACCACCAAGUUCCUACCAAUGGGUGGAUGAAGAUUACUCCUUUUCUGACUACACUGAUAGUGAAAACACAUCUACCGGGAAGAGUGAAAGCAGCUACAAUGAUGAUGAAAAUGAUAUCAUGAAAUUACUGUCCAUGGGUGACUCAGGUACUCCAGAGGAAUCAACACCAACAAAAGAGAAACUUUAUGAGAGAUUUAAAAGGCACACAAAGACGAAUAAAGACCAUAUUGAUGGAGAUGCAAAGUCAAGGAGGAAUCACAGACAAAGGGAUUCUCCGGAGGAAAUUGAGGAUGAUCCGGACAAACUCACUGCUUCAAAGCCAAAGAACAGGAGUCAGGUGAAUCUUUCAUCUGAGAAAGAGAAGAUGAAUGAGGAUGUCAAAGAGAGGGAUAACUGCUCAGUGUCAAGCUUUUCAUCCAAUAGUAGUUCCAGGGAUGAAAACAAAUCACCAACACCAUCUAUGAUAUCAUCAGCUUCCACUGCCUCAACAGAGAGUUCAGAAAGUAGUGCACCAGUAUUUACAAAAAUUUCAAGUAAGGAUCCAAGGCGUCGACCAAUAGCUGAAUCAGAUUUGGAGGCACAAUUGUUGGAUCCUCAGAAAGAGUCAGAAGAAGGAAUGGCGAAGGUUAUGGAUGAAAGAGAUCAGGACAGGCGGAAAGACUCAUCAGAUAUGCCUUUAUCGAACAACAAACGUUGGAUGCUUCAAAUGAUGGCAAAGCCCAAAAACACAGAAGAAGAGAGAUCGGAUAAAAUGGAUAAACCUCUUCCAACUCGAAGGAUAUCACAAACUUUCCAAUCAGAUAUGGAUAUAAUGGAUGUCAUAGGAUCAGUUGAUUUAGACAAUGCUGGAGCAGUGCAUUCAGCCCAUGAACGGCUGCAAAGUAGCACUGAUGAUUCCAGUGGUAAAGGGCCUGUUGGUCCAAGUGGAGAUGUGACUGGUUUCAUCGGACAAGCCCUGGAAGGACUUCACGGUGCUGGUUCUGGUCCUUCUCAGCAGGGCACUGACAAAGGGCAAAGUAAAGUGGAAGCUCCUAAAAGGGAAGCCGAUGAACGCUGGGAUGAACUGAUGGCAGCAACUGAAAGGGAACUAAAAAUAAAAAAUAUGGACUUCACAGAUCUUGGUGACUCUGAUGAGGAAGAUGUACUUCAAGAGAUUAUCCCAGUUCAUAAUGGAACACUCUGUGGUGCACCGCCACCACCACCCCCGCCACCACCUUUCUUUGGUGGAGCUCCCCCACCACCACCACCUCCACCACCAUUUUUGGGACUUACUACUGGUGAUGGGAGAAUUCCUCCUCCUCCUCCACCACCACCACCAAAUCAAUCUACAGGGGGGACCCUUUCUAGAAAAUCAAAAAAGACUGUUCGAUUGUUUUGGAAGGAAGUUCGACCAACACCUGCAAUUCAGGUUAAGAAAGAUGAGAACACUAUUUGGGGUCAGCUAGAAACAGUAGAGUUAGACACUACAAAGUUAGAACAUUUGUUUGAAUCAAGAACAAAGGAUAUAACAUUGAAGAAAAAAGAAGAAACUAAUCAGAAGAAGGAGAUAACAUGCUUGGAUACCAAACGUUCUAAUGCUAUCAACAUUGGUAUGACAGUGUUGCCGAACAUCAGGACAAUCAAAGCUGCUAUACUGUCAAUGGAUAGUAUGGCAAUGAACAGAGAAGCCAUUGAGAAAGUUUUAACAAUGCUGCCCACCGAGGAAGAAAAGACAAAGAUAAAAGAGGCUGUGUUAACCAAUCCAGAAGUGCCGCUGGGAACGGCAGAACAGUUCUUGCUCACACUAGCAUCUAUUAGUGAACUUAGUGCAAGACUGAAUCUCUGGUUAUUCAAAUUAGAAUACGAGUCCAUGGAGCAGGAGGUGGCUGAGCCAUUGAUGGACCUCAAGAAGGGUAUGGAAGAGUUAAAAGUCAAUAAAACUUUUAAGCAAAUUCUGGCAACAUUGCUUACUAUUGGUAACUUUCUGAAUGACUCGCAGUCCAAGGGUUUUCAGUUGGAAUAUCUUGCCAAAGUCCCAGAAGUCAAAGAUACAGUCAGAAAACAAACAUUACUCUAUCAUCUAUGCAACACAGUCAUGGAGACAUUUCCAGACACCAGUGAUCUGUACUCAGAAAUUGGCCCGAUCACGAGGUGCAGUAAGGUUGAUUUUGAUGAGGUCGCUCAUGAUCUGAGUAAUAUGGAAAAACGAUGCAAGGAAUCAUGGGAUCAUUUAAAAGCAAUAGUCAAACAUGACAGUCAUUCAGAGCUAAGAUUCAAGCUACAAGAUUUUUUGGCAGAUUGUGCUGAAAGGAUAAUAGUAUUAAAAACUGUUCACAGAAGGGUUAUCAACAGGUUUAACAGAUUACUGCUUUUCCUUGGAAUUUCACGGGAUUCAGCAAAAGAUUAUAAAAUCAAUGAAUUCUGCAAGAUUAUCAGUGAAUUUGCCCUCGAGUAUAGAACAACACGGGAGAGAGUUAAAGAGAUGCAGAAGAAGAAGGCCAACCAAAGAGAAAGAAACAAGACGAGGGGAAAACUCAUAACAGAUACUAAAAAUUUCAACAAAAUACAAAAAGCAAAGGAUGACGAUGAUAAACUUAAAUCAUUACUGACAAAAAGUGGUACAGCACCUGGUGAUAAAAUUCUGGAGAACCGAAGGAAACCUCAGGGACGUCACCAUGGGCCAGAUGAGUUGCUGAUGGAUGAUACUAAUGAUGAAAUGAUGGAAUUAUUAGUAAAGUCAGCUACAGCACCUGCUAAUAGACAUACUCCUAGGGAAAGAAAGCGAGCUAGACAGAUGAAUAGGAAGUCUUUGAGAAGAACUCUUAAAAGUGGUUUAACGCCUGAAGAAAGCCAAUCACUGGGAUUGACCAGGACUGAAGUGAGGGUGUAGUCAAAUAUCAGUCAAUGUCUGGACUACUGCUUGAUCUCCCAGGGCGAGUGACCCAAGGUCAUAUCGUGAACAUGAGUCGUCAUAGGAAUCUGGUUUGUGAACCACAGGAGGACACUAUAUGAGAAGUGCAACAUGUAUCAUUUACAUCAAACACAAAUUUCAAACUAUUAUUAAGUACUUGUAUGAAUAUAGCUGCACAGCAUGGGAAGACAUCUAUAUGUAUUGUAACCCACAAAUUAAAUCCAGUGAUGGAUCAUUGAACAAUUUAUAUAAAAACCUUAUUUAUACAGCUUUAAAGGGAAUCAGGUUGGCUGUAGAUGCUCACAGAUCUAAACUAGACAUCAUGCGAAAACAUGCUGCCAUACCACAGUCCUUUCAUUGGUACAAACCAAUAGAGGAUAAGACUAUACUGCUAUAGAGACAUUUUAUGUGGCAUCAUGAUAGUGACUUUGUUUUACAAAGAAUCAAUAUUUCAUACCGGUCUGAUUCAUAUAUAGUUGCACUGACCAUCGUAUGUGCAUUAUCAACUGAAGCAAUUCAUCAAUAACCCAAUAAUGUAGGUAAUAAAAAUAAUGAAAUAAACUUUUUUAUUUGAAGCAUACUACGCUAUUUAACACAUCUGUACUGUGUUGUAGAAUAUAUUUCGUAUUGUUUAUUGAAAUCGAGAUAGCAGGUGAAUCUCAGUACAAAUGUCAAAUAAUUCUGAAGUCAUCAUGCAGACUGUUGUCCAAAUUGCAAAGAGAAAUAAUCAAAUUUUCAGAAAUAAGACACAGAAUUUCAAAUGGUGCUCAUCUGUCUGUCAACUUUAAGGGUAGAGUGCUAAUGCAUAUUAUUAUCAUUAAUAGAUCACAUAAAUAAUUGUGAUCAUGGUGAGAACCGCUUUAUCCAAAGGAAGGCGGUAAACUGGAAGAAGAUUUUCUCUAGGAAGGAUUAGGGGUGUUUAAAUUACAACGGGGUAGCGAGCUGUAGAUACAUAACAAAUCUUGUAUUAUCUUACUCACAAUCUUAAAAUUGCACCAAAGGACAUGUAAUAUACAUAAUUUUUUUUUUACAAUUCAUUCUUAGAUUUAAAAAAAAAAUCUGCAGUAAUUUAUUAUAAAUGAGUGUAAGUUUUGUACAAAUGUCAACUCUAUUUUGGAGAGAUUUUUAUGUUGUUUAUUUAAAGCUUUGUAGUCACUGAUAUUAAAUCAAGAAAGCAGCAGCUGAAACCCAUUAGCCUUAAUUGUUUUCUGCAGUUUUCUGUAACAAUUGACUCUAAAACCAAAGCUAGAUGUCGGUCUUUCAGACAUUUAUAUUUUUUCCAAAUAUCAGUGUUAUGUAAACCAAAUUUUAAAAGUACCCUAUCUAUUUUUGACAUGCAAUGUCUUUAUUAUUUAUAGGGCAACUUAUCUACACUAUGUCACUACUAUGUAAGAUCCAUUCCUGCAUUAUCAAGUAUUUUAUUUCUUUUCUACUCUUUUUUUUUAAUGUUAUGCACAUGUCCUCAUCAUCCAGUCCCUGUUCAACAUUCCUUUUAUAGGUUUUGACUUAGUUCCUUAUGCUGAUGCUUUAAUUACACAUAAUUUACCAAGUACUUGUACUUGAAGUCAUAACACCUGACUCCAAUUUGAAUUAUGAACACCUCUGGGGGAAUCAAGUUAAAAAUGUAUCAGAAGAAAUUGAAUAACACUUGAGUAAAAUCUAUAUGACAUAUGUGUUACAACAAAGUCAGUGUAAAGGCAAUCAUGGCAUUGGGAAUGAUGUCAAAAUUAAGAAAAAUAUAUACACCAUAUUUGCCCUGUCGAGCAAAUGUGACCAUCGCUGUGUUUACAUACUGGUUAUCAGCACUAUUGCACUUUGGUUCCUUCACAUUUGGUUAUGAAACGAUUAUUAUUGAAAUUAUUGUAACCAUUUUGUUUAGUUUUGAUAACUCAACGCCAUCUUUCACUGAUUCACUGAAGCUCAUUCUUUCAUGAUUAUUUGUAAACUGUUAGCUGUUAUGUAGGUUUUGAGUAGUUCAUAUAAGAUGCAUAUAGUGUAUGAUACAGUGGUGCCCAAAGCCACAAGCCACAAGCAACUUGUAAACUAUCGGUCUCUAAAAAACCUGAAAAGGUACACUCAAUCGGCUUCCUCAAUUAUCAUGUGCCUUUUAUUCAUCAAUAACUGGUACACACAAAGAGAAUUUGUGGGGGGCAGUUGUAAGCCAGUGCUAAUGGUAAUAUGUUUCAUAUCCAGCACAUUGAAAAAUAUAAUUACAAUCACUUAUAUUCUGACCCUAUUUUUCGAGUAACAUUUAGUGUAUUGUAUUUUUAAAAGAAUGGCGAACAGUGUAUUGACUACAAGUUUAUAUAAGUAACAAAGGAAGAGUAUUUGUUUUUCAUUUUGUUCGUUCUAUAUGAAAUAAAGUAUUGGUUCAUUUUCUUGCAUA